CCCGGAAGUACAACAAGCCCGGUGUUCGCCUUACUGCACCAUGACGGCUGUGAAUCUCACAGAAUUAUCUCUCCCCCAGCUCGAGCAGCUGAAAAAUCAGCUAGAGCAGGAGACAGAGUUUUUGACGUCUUCUAUCGGACAGCUCAAAGUUGUGCAAACGAAGUAUGUUGAGGCUAAGGAGAGUCUGAAUAUACUCAACAAGUCAAACGAAGGAAAAGAACUACUUGUUCCUCUCACGAGCUCUAUGUAUGUGCCUGGAACACUGAAUGAUGUGGAUAAUGUAUUGGUAGAUGUGGGAACUGGGUAUUAUGUAGAAAAGAAUGUAGAUGACACCAAGAACUUCUUCAAACGAAAAAUCGACUUUCUCACCAAACAGAUAGAAAAAAUUCAGCCAGCGCUGCAGGAAAAGCACACCAUGAAGCAAGCGGUGGUUGAAGUCAUGAGCAUGAAACUACAGCAGUUACACAGCCAGCAGACGUCAUCAUCAACAACCACCAAGGCAUAGGAGACGAACAUACAGAAGAAAAUACACCAUACACUCUCACAGACAGGUUUUCUUGCCAAAAAAAAAAAAAAAAGUUCUCAGCAGUAGAAUAGAUCCGAAUGACUUAACUGUCAGAGCUUUUGAGUGGAGACACAAUAGGGCUGUCUUAGGACAUGUGUGUACACACAAACACACACACACACACACACACACACACACACACAGCAGACUCUCAGAUAUAACCUAAGCAUGUGUGACCUCUUUAACCCCAGCACAGAGGCACAGGUGACCUCGGACUGGAUACCUGUCUGUCAGCAUAUUCUGUGUUUGUAAGUAAGAGACUCGUUUAAUCCUGAGGAGUGUGUCUCAGUCUGUUAUGUGUUCACUAAAUUAAUAUUUGCAUACAUUCAUACAUGAAUUAAUAAAAGUGCUUCAAACGUC